AUGGGCUCCCGCCCUUCCCCGCCGCACAACACCAACGUCGUCGGCUUCCGCUGCACCCUCACCUGCUUCAUCCUCGCCAUUUGCGUCCUCUACAUUCUCUACUCCUCCAACCUCCUCUUCCUCUCCCGCGAUUCCUGUCCCCCCGCCACCACUCUCCUCGCCCCCCUCCAACACCUCCAAACAAACUCUUCUUCCUCAUCUUCUUCAUCGCAAGACUACAAUAUUCCCGAAGAUUAUACCGAAAAUGAAGAUCGAAAACUAGUAAUGGUGCAUGGCGAGCAGUCUGGCUCUGAUACCAAGCUCAAACACAUCGUUUUCGGCAUAGCGGCAUCGUCGAACCUGUGGGACAAGAGGAGAGAGUACAUCAAGGCGUGGUGGAGGGCGGGAGAGACUAGAGGAGUGGUGUGGCUGGAUAAAAAGGUGAGGAUCAGAAGAGACGAGGGGCUUCCGGAGAUUAGGAUCUCCGGCGACACAUCGAAAUUCAAGUACACGAACCGGCAGGGGCGGAGAUCGGCGCUGAGGAUAUCGAGGGUGGUGUCGGAGACGCUGAGGCUGGGAAUGAAGGACGUGAGGUGGUUUGUCAUGGGCGACGACGACACAGUUUUUGUAGUUGAUAACUUGGUUAGGGUUUUGUCAAAGUAUGAUCAUAACCAGUUUUAUUAUGUUGGGAGCUCGUCGGAGAGCCAUGUUCAGAACAUAUACUUCUCGUACGGGAUGGCUUACGGUGGCGGCGGGUUCGCGAUAAGUUAUCCGCUGGCGAAGGAGCUGGAGAAGAUGCAGGACAGGUGCAUUCAGAGGUAUCCGGGGUUGUAUGGGAGUGAUGAUCGCAUGCAGGCUUGCAUGGCCGAGCUCGGAGUUCCUCUUACUAAGGAAGCUGGAUUUCAUCAGUAUGAUGUCUACGGAGACCUAUUAGGGCUUCUAGGAGCCCAUCCCGUGACUCCAUUGUUAUCACUUCACCACAUUGACGUGGUGGAACCAUUAUUCCCACGCACCACAAGAGUAAAAGCCCUGCAACGCCUAUUCCAAUCCGUCAAGCACGACUCAGCCAGCAUAAUGCAGCAAUCCAUCUGCUAUGACAAGCGCCGGUCCUGGUCCAUCUCCGUUUCGUGGGGCUACGCGGUUCAAAUCCUAAGGGGAGUGCUUUCUCCAAGAGAGCUAGAGACGCCCACAAGAACUUUCCUCAAUUGGUACCCCAGAGCCGACUACACUGCUUAUGCCUUCAACACUAGGCCUGUCACCAAGCAUCCUUGUCAGAAACCCUUUGUUUUCUACAUGAACAACGUUCGAUAUGAUCGAUCGAAGAGACAAGUAGUCGGGGUUUAUGCUCGGGACAGAUCUCGUCACCCUUACUGCCGGUGGAAGAUGGAAUCGCCGGACAAGAUUGAUUCCAUUGUGGUUUUGAAAAGGCCUGACCCUCUUCGUUGGCAAAAGUCACCUAGGAGGGAUUGUUGUAGAGUUCUGCCAUCACAUAAGAAGUCAACAAUGUACUUGUGGGUGGGCAGUUGCAGGGGAGGUGAGAUUAUUGAAUUGUAG